AUGAUGUUUGAUUAUUAUGGUUUUGACAAUGUUUCAUUCUUAGCCGUGACAGUCCUAGGAGAUGAUUGGUGCUCGUUUCUAUGCAGUUCGUCGCUGACGCUUGGGUACUCGACUGUGACGCUAAGAGAUCUUCAGUCUGGCACGCUGAUAGUCAGAUAUAAGUGGGGAAAAAUUAAAUAA